CUCCCUUCUAUUUUCCUCAAUCCAAACAGCCCCUUGGGGAUAAUUGUGUCAUCUAAUCUUACAUCAAGUGUUGUCAAAGAACACAAACGUUAGACAAUUUUCUGGGACACGCUUUGUCCGAUGUGCUAUCGGAGAUUCAGAAUUGGCAAACAACCAAAUCCUUUUCUGCGUAGGAGUUUUGGAUUAAUUUCAUCCGGUCCGGUGCAAGUGCCUUUGUCCCUGUAUAUUUCAACUUUCAAUUAUCUGUUGAGUUAUUUAAUACGCAUGCCAGCGGAAGAUCAAGAAAUCAGCAUAUCAAGAAAGUACCGAAAGCCCAGAAAAAUAAAUUAAAAAAUAAGUAAAAAGAGUAUCUAUUUUUGCUCUUGGUCUUCUUUUUCGUCCUAUUUUUUUCCCAGGACAGAAGACCAAUUCUUCAAACUUAAAUGGAUGCUGCGAGGUUACGAAGUUUUAUGGGUACCUUCAGGACUAAAUUGAAGCAUACAGCACUUUUGUGGCUUGAAGGUUUCAGAGAGGCUUGCUGCCUUCAUCGCGUCAUAAUCUAUUGUCUCAGGUCAAGAGAGCUUGCCAUACGUACUGGGCAGUGUUUUCUUUUGAAUGGCUUCAUUUUUCUGGGAAGGAAUGAUUUGGUUGCACGCAGUAUACUUGUUUUGAGAUCGUUUGUCAUCCCAACACUGCAAUGGGUGUUGCCUGAUGAAUGCCCGCUUACAAAUUCUCAAGAGUCAUGUCCAUUUGGGGGUAUUUUCAGAUUCUAUACCUUCUUACGACUUGGACUGAUUCAGCUCUUCUACGUAUCUUGGUUCUAUCCCAUGUACAUCUCCAGCUUUAUUCUAAGCACACUGUGGUAUAACGACAUCGCAAAGUAUGGUUUUUUCGCAAUCGAGAAGCAUGGGCCUUCUGGUUUAGAACCAUCUGGCCAAAAGGAUACUACUGCCAAUGAUAAGGCUACUGAUAUUGAGGGUGUAAUGAUUGGGAUAGCAGAACAAGUGUACUCAGUUCUCCUAUUGAGUUUCUUCUUCCUGGAGGUGUAUAUAACCGGGUUCAUCCCCCACAUUGGCAAGGCAUUAAACUUUUUGCUCCUUUCCUGGAUGUAUGCUUAUUAUUGCUUUGAGUACAAAUGGAAUUAUUCAGGUUUGAGUUUGGACAAAAGAUUGGAUUUCUUCGAGUCAAACUGGCCAUUUUUUGCGGGAUUUGGAAGCCCAUGUGUUCUGGCCGUAUUCUUUUACUCUCCCCUUGUCAGCUACGGGGUUAUGGCUGUGCUCUAUCCAUUA